AUGCUCACGACCACAAUCAGCAGUUAUUUGUAUUUUGGAGCACUUUUUGUUCGCAACGGGAUCUUCAACAGCUUAUCACCCGACGAGAACUUUGGCCGUUUCUACAAUGUGCUGGCCCUUGAGGCAAUUUGCCCAUCGAAAAUCAGGGUCGGCGGACUUGGCGAUGGCGGGAAAUGGGUCUGCAACCCCUGGAAAUUAGCUAAAAACUGCGUCGUCUAUUCCCUCGGCCUGAAUGACGUGGUGGUAUUCGAAGAGGAGUUGCAGAAGAUUGCCACAAAUAGCUGCAAAAUCUAUGGAUAUGACAUGAAGAUUCAAAAACCUUGGACCGUCAGUUUAUACAAUGCGAUCAACGGGGAAUUGCGGCAAGGUCUUGUCACGUCAGCCGGUAACCAUAGCUUCUCGAACAGUAUCGUUAUCGGCGAAGAAGUGGAGGAGCGGGGGAAUCACCAUAUCGAUGUCUUCAAAAUCGAUAUCGAAGGUUCGGAAGCUUCUGUGAUGCCGGAAUUCUUGAACUCAACGAGACCAUGUCAAAUCCUAAUCGAAACGCAUCAGAAUCCACAAGCAACCUUUCGGCUCCUCUCUACCAUCAGUGCGGCGGAAUAUUGGCUAGAUUCCUACGAAAUCAACCCGGGCGGAUUCAAAUUCUGUGAAUAUUCAUUCAUCCACGAGGGUUGCCUCGCGGAAUUUGGCGCUGUGAAAUUGGCAAAGUAUCUGGCGUUG